CACGAUUCCGCGUUUCGAUCAUCAGUACGGUGCAAUCUUCACUUGAAAUAAAUGGUUUAAGAAGAAACCGCAUAAAAAUAAGGGUCACCUGUCAAAAUUCCUGUAUUUCACAAAUGACACAAUACCGACGAAACAAACGGAGAUAAAUCUUAAUACGUUAUCAUCUCUGUAAAUUCUGAGGACCCUGACGCCAUCUUGCAUCCGGAGAGGUAACUAUCAUUAAAACCGAUCGGAAUCCCUAUUUUUCGCACACCAAUGGGUGGAUGACUUCCUUGAAAUAAUUUGCAGUUGCACUAGUUCUCCGAACUUAAAAUCAUUCAAUGCAUCCCCGAAUUUCCCCGCUGUGGAACUUGUAAAAUAUAGAACAUAUUUCCAAGUAGAUGCAUAUAUUUUCCACUCGCAGGGUUAGGUUCGUUCCUCGCUGUAGAAGUAUAAAACCGCGGAGAACCUCAGGGGACGAUCAGUGCGCCUGCGUGCGUCGAGCCGGUACAUCAGGGCGGGUGAGCAGGAAAUCCUCGAUAGAGCCUCCAGAGCGCACCACUGGCGCGGAGGUCGUACGAAAGCGGCCGUGCCGCUCUGGGGCCUCGGCUGUGCGCCAAGAUCUGCGGCGGAGCUCGGUCUGUGUUUGUCUCGCGAUUCGGCGCGCUCGCUCGUGCAGGGGUUCCCACCAGCUCCUCGGGUGUGCGAUAUAUCCUGGGUUUUCCGGUGUCCAUCGUCGCGAUCUCGGUCGGCACGACCGCGGCGGGGGUCUGCGUCUCGACGUGCCGCGCGUUCGGCCAGGUCCAGUAAUGCGUGUCAGUGGUGGCAGUGGCGAGCACUCGGGUUGUCUGCGGCGCAGCCGAGCCGCGGGACGUCGCCGAGGCUGUGGGAAAUCGAAGUAGCUCCUCGGAGUCCGAGAUUACGAGAGCGAUGAAAAUUGAGACUUUGCAGGACAUGACAUAAAGGGGCUCCCAGCGGGAUGGCGAUCGCAGGAGGGUCGGGGCCGUAGCUCUCUUGCCAUGUUACUAACGCGGACCCCCUCGCCCUCGAAGACUCCGCCGAAGAUGUUGUCGUCGGUGCUCGAGGAGGAGGCCACCGUGGACAUCGACGAGGUGUUCCCGCCCCACGUCGACACCUCAAACAUCGUCGUCCAGCCCGAGUCGCCGACCAGCAAGAAGCAGGUCCUGAAGACGUUCAACGAGGUGAACGCGCUCCUGCAGGCAGGACGGAAGCGGGAGGCCAAGCUAAUCAUCCGCGAGAAUGCCUGGCCUCUUAACAACGGCAUCAGGGCGCAGCUCUGGCCCGCCCUCUGCGACCAGCACGCUCCUGGCAAGAGCAUGCUCGACGGCUUCUACUGGGACAUGGUCAAUCAGGUCUUCGGGACGACAGAGCUGCCAGAAAAGUCAAUCAUGUUACCGCCAUUCGUCGAUAGCACUCAUUGUCUGUCCUACAACUUGACGCGAAAAGGCAGGAGCGUCGCCGACAGAGUCGUGUCCGUCCUCGGAUAUGCCUGUCCCGACAUAACGUACAGCCCGUCCCUGUAUCCAAUUACGGCGCUGCUGCUUCAUUUUAUGCCAGAGGAGGAGUGCUAUCACUGUAUGGCCACGUUGGUGGCGGCGAAAGAGAAGAUGUUCAUCACGCAAACGAAGCUCCUCUACGAAGUCACCUGGAAGACUGUAGAGCAGAUCACGAAGAAGCACGUGAAAUCGGCUGCGGUGCACUUGGCGAGGCAUUGUUCCGGCUCGAGGGCGGAAAGGAUCUACAUGGACUGGAUCUGGUGGAUUCUUCAGCUAUUACCAUUUCAACAUCUAGUCAGAGUUAUGGACUGUUUCCUGCACGAAGGCAUCAAGGUCUUCUACCGGGUAGCCAUGGCUAUAGUCUUAUUAUUCUACAAACAUUCGUCGUCGCAAAACUCCGAAUGGCUCAACGAAAUUUCGAAGAACGGCAUCGACGCGGCUCUCUCGAAAUUUUGCCGACAGAUACCAGUGACGCCGGCAAAAUUUUUACGCACUGCCUUUGGGAUACGCGGACUCAGCUCGGCUUACAUAUCAAGAGUAUUUUUACGCACCGAGAUGGCUCUCAAGAGUAGAAGUGUACUGACAGGGUCUAAAUCUCUCGCUAGGUCACGAUCGACGGACAACCUGCCUACGAGUCAAUCCCAAGUCAAUAUUCAAAUGAUGUCUCACACCCUCACCAUAAGAGAGAAAGAGUGCGAAGACACGUACAAAGACAGGGGUGCGCACAGUCCUGGACCGCGCGCUCUCUCGAUGGGCGUUUACCCCAUACAGAGCAUUUGCUCGCAGAUCCUUGACGUGCCCGACUUGUUCACGCUGUGGUCGUGGUUACCGGUGAGGAUCACGAUGUACCAGCCGAUUCUGCUUUACACCACGGAGGAGCACGGAUGUUCCCUCACCACGUUCUACGUGCGCGUGGAACAGCACGAGCCGACUCUCCUCAUGAUCAAAACCUGCAACAACGAGGUGUUUGGUGCUUACUGCUCGACGAGGUGGUGCGAGCGCAAUUUGAAGGACGACAAGGGCCAAAGGCAGGCGUAUUUCGGUACGGGAGAAACAUUCCUGUUUAGCUUGUAUCCCGAACGAGCCAAAUAUCCGUGGGUUGGCAUGGACUCGUCGCACAAUGAUCCCAGAGUACAUCACUCUGCUGAGCUCUUCAUGGCCGCUGACGCUAAGAUGAUCACCAUCGGUGGCGGGGAUGGUCAAGCGAUUUGGAUGGACGAGAACAUAAGGUUCGGCAAGACGGAUCGAUGCUCGACAUUCAACAAUCCGCCGCUGUGUGCGAGCGGUGACUUUGAGAUUAGGGUACUGGAGGUAUACGGUUUCGCCGGUGCUUAAGGAACGCGGUGUCCCGUGGCCUUAAUCAGAUUCCCUUACUGCCAUUAAGCAACUCUCUGUAUACCUUCUCGUCUCGUCGUCGUGAUGUGUCGUUGACGCGGGCGCGAGUACCCCGUGUGGUACCCCCGCCCGCUUAAGAAUAAUAAGUAUUACUGUGCGUGACCGUUCGCUGUUUGUUAAUAUCGUUAUAAUGCUUUACAUAUAUGGAUACGUGUCGUAGAGAUUUGCAUUAGAGUGCCGACGGUGAUCCGUGUGAUGUCAUGCCUACGGACGGAUAUCUCGAGGUCGCUCUGUUAGGCCGCACCCGUUGCUUCAAGGGGUGAACCUAACGUUACUGGAUCCAGGUGGUUCCUUACUGUAUCAGGAAAUGUUUCACACACGUGAUUAAUAUUUAGAGUGCAAAGCGAACCGAAGAAAUUCAGUUACCUAGAAUGUUCUGCAAUCUCCUUAACCCUCUAUAACAAGACAUGACUUUGAAGUCGCAUACCCAUGUAUCAACAUUUUUUUCUUAAGUCUGACCGUUCCGGUAUAAUGUACCACUUUAUUAUCAUACUUCUCCUUUGUAACCAGGGAAUCUGUUUACAAAUCAUAGAUUUAUAUACAUUGACUUAUAAACAUAUAUAUAAGUGGUCAAUUUAUAAACGAGGAGUCAAUGUCAGAAAGUGAAUAUUAGCGAAUUUCACGUUUUAUCGUUUUUUUUUUUUCUUGUAAAGGGUUUGGAGAAGAUAUUGGGUUACAAAGGGUUAGGUCGCACAACUUUCGCUCGAAACAUUUCCUGUCGCGAAUAUUAGAGGAGCCGUUUGGAGUGGUGACGAUAAACGAUCCACCCUGUACAUUUCGUUAUCACCGGGUAUGGACACCGGACGCAUUGCAAGCAUUCUAUACAUUGUGCGCAAGUGGACUUUGGUUCUUUCCAUCUAGAGUUAUGCUCGGAGAAAAUUUCAAUUGGCACCACUUUUGCUGCGGCCAAUCGGCGUCUUCGCUCCGUGACGUCACGCGGCGCUGAAUGGCCGACGGCGAAGUCGCGAAAAAUUGUGCCAACCGAAUUUUCUCCUGGCCAAUUUCACACCGAGGAAGAAGUCAAUGACCACUUGCACACGCGUCGCACGCAUUGCACGAGGAACUAGACAUGACAGAUCUUGCGUUGACUUUACGAUUCACAAUCCGUAAUCAUGAUUAUCCUGUGUUGUUACUGCGUUGCUACGAACGAUAACCGUGCGGUAACAAUAUCGCGAAUCCAGUCAGUCGGGUGUCUCGACUGUGGGAGUUAUUUGCCUGUUGAAUUAUCUUAUCGUAAUUUGGCUUCGGUUUCGACCGAUAUACCAGGGAGAAGUAUGUUUACGUUUGAUUAUGUCGAGUACCCUUGGGGACGGUGUUCAUUUUGCAAUGGAACGGGCAACUGAAUCAGUGACGGCCAUUUUCUUCUUUUUCCUUUCCGAAGAACGCUGACAUUUCACUUGGAACGUGAAAUUGUUUAGGAAGGGUGGAAGCUACGAUACUUUUCAAUGUAAAGAAAUUAUGUUCCUUUUCUGAGAGUCCAUGACGGAUAUUGGUAAUGUCUCGAUGCGAGCCAUUAGUUAUAAAUCUUGACAUGCAAUAAUUUGCCACAUUGUCAGUCGAACUUUGUUUCUUUUAUUUUUUUCUUUUCUUUUAAGGUGUCAGCGCACUUUACGAUAUAACAUUCAUGACACCUAAUAUAUGUUACAUCCUCAGGACGAAUUUUUACAUACGCUCAGUGUUGAUGAAAAAUGAAGACACACCGAAGACUUGGUUAUAUUAAUUAACAUGACGAAUUGCGGGUGCACCGUAGCUGCAUGUACUAAUACUUUCUUUUACAUCGAAUAAUUCAGUUUACAAAUUAUUCAUUACGGAACCUUGCCAGUAAUCUUGCGGCAUAAAAUGAAUUAUGUCUAAACUGGAGAGGAACUCUUUGCGAAUAGCUCCCUUCGAAUUGUUGACGAAACUUUGUCUCGUAUAACAAUGAGAGAUGCCCUUUCCUUUGCGGAAGUUUUUACGAUCGAACAGCACGUAUUCUCGCACGGCACAUCAUUCAUAGGGCGACAAGAAGAACAAAACAUUGACAAUAAACACGAGCCGCUUAAAUCAUACAAAAAGUUCGGUAGUAGCAUACAUCGAAGGAAAAACAGAGAAUUCAGAUUCACAUGAAUACUUAAUAUUCAUUGGACCGAGAAUGACGUGUUAUACAAUUGUACAUAAUUGUUUCACCUUGUGUAUCGUUACUUUGCGAUUAUCUUUAACGUUUGUAUAAACGUGUUGCCUCGUUACAUUUAUUUAAUUUAGCGCCGUUACGUAUAGUUUUAAUCCGUUAGACGAUUUGCGUUAUCGCGGUGUCGUACACAUAGGUACGUACACCUCACAUGUACACAUAUUUAUGUCUACGUACGUAUGUGUAUGCACCAGCAGAAGUAUAUAUAUAUAUAGAUGCAUAUAUAUAUAUACACGUAUACAUAUUCACACGCACGUACGUGCUUUAUAUAUUUAUGUACCGGUUCUUGUAUAUAUUAUAAAUAUUGCUCUUGGGUAAGUAGUUAGUACAAUCGGAUACAUUGUGAUCUAUGGCCAAUGACGCGGUUAAGUACGAGAGAUUCUAGAGUUCGGUAAUAAACGAGACACUAGGCAAACGAUGGGAUAUUUAGGAGUCGAUAAGCAUAUUCGUUUUUAUCAACGCCGGUUUUUAUAACACAUCGGCAGGACGCAAUGUAGUCGCAUUGAGCAAUUCCAUGUUAUUUGAAAAUAUCCGUCGACGUCGGUGCAGAAAAUGAUUCACCUUAAUUUCGUUUAGCACUCGUAAAAGAUUGUGCAAGCUGAAACAAAGAUAAGACCUGCAUUUGGCGCAGUUGAUAAUAAUAAAGAGACGAGGAGCGUCUCAGACAAGUUGAUGAUUUUUUUUUUUUAUUAACCAUUGUCUAAAAUGUGGGAGAACACAAAGUCACGUCUUAUCCAUGAGCAAAUUUAUCACUAAUUAAAAUUUGGUUUGUUCUCCUUGAUUGUUAAUCUUGAUUUCGCUUAACAACUUACAUAUCAAUUGUUCAACGUGUUCUAUGAGAAUACAACCAUGAGCUUUCAGUUGAAUUGACUUUCAGGGUGAAUAUGUUUAGCGGCUCUAAAUAGUCAGGGCAAUAAUGUAAUAAAUGUAAUAGUGGGAUGCGAAGAGUCAUACGCUUCGAUACUUUAUGCAAUAGUGGCUGCAAACGUUAGUAUUUUCCUUUCCUUCUUCUUCAUUUUUUUUAUUUUGCACGGUUUAACCGAUUGCCAAGCAACGCAGGUUUUUUUCUCGGCUAUCGGACGAGACUCGACCGUAGCUUUCGAUUACGAUUUUACUUUCAUUGUCGUUAUGCCCCAUCUUGCAUGGUGUAUCGUUAUGUGUCGAAUUUUGCGUUCAAUAUUGUUAACACAUCACAUGCGGGUGGCUGGCACCACUAUUUUUCAUUUAGACGGCAGUACGAGCUGUUUAAAUAAUAUUCGAGUUAAAUUCUACUUCUUCCCCCGGAAGAUAAAAAAAAAUCCAAAAGUGGGAACAAUAUCGAUAUCGCGUAGUCGCGAGAAAAAUCCGGUGUUAAAGGCGCUGAAAGAUUAUUUCACCCUUUCCCAGAAAGGUGGACACGCAACAUGUACAAUUUGCAUCGUUAGAUACCCGUGCUACUAGGUUUUAUUAUUACGUUUACCGAUUUGUUCGUGCCAUUAUUUACUUUAAAUGCCUCUCCACGCUACUCUGAAAGACUUUGAAGAACACGGACAUCGGAGAGAAAAUGGAUUUGAUGCAGAAUGAGUCUUAUGUUGCCCUUUGCUAAGACAUUAACAAAAAAAACUUUCCUGUUGUAUCACAUCUGAUGUUAUGAGUACCAUUAAAUGUAAUAUAUAUAUAUAUAUAUAUGGCAUGUUUUAUAUAAAAUAUCAGGUUAUAUUAAAAAAAAAAAAAAAGUAAAAGUAAAGGAAGAAAAACACCCUGUGAAACUGAUUGUGACCUUAGAGUUUGUUUUUAUUAAAUUGAUGUUAUUAGUUGCCCUCAGGACAUUCAAAUAGUUUGGUGUAUCUCGCAUUCUUGCCUCGAAACGUUUCUUUUGAGCAACAUGAAACUCUGGGUGGAAGUCUGUCAAUCUUUUCUCAAAGAAAUCGAUCCGGUUCGUACGUUACUUUUAACGGCCAUCGUCGAGACGAUUGCGAAGAACGAAAUGAUCGUCUAGUGGCCUAUGCGAAUUUCUAUUAACCAAACUAAAGCGGAUCGUGGUGCUUUAAUUUCUAUUGUAAAUAGGCAAACGUCUGUAGACGCACGUCGAAUAAACGCGGCUCCUCGUCACAUUAGAUAUUCUCGCAAGAUUAAUACAGAAGAAAAUUCUAACGAUAAAUUCUGACGACCAAUCUUUCCUAUUCAAUAAACAAAUCACACAUUAUGUCGAUGGUUCUGUAAUGACAUUUAAUUGAUACAUUAGUUCUUGCCACUUAAAAGUCAUUAACACUAGCGACAUAAAUAUAGAGUAAGAUUCCAUUUAAAAAAAAAAGAAAAAAAAAACGAAAUACCAAUUUCAAACCUAAAUUUAGUAAUGUUAAAGUAGCAAACGUAGCGUCUAAAUUAGACAUAUUGAAACACCUUUCAGAGUACGUACAGAAAUGAUUUAUUAUUAGGAGUUCUUGAGAAUUUCUGGCAGUAAUAUCUAACCGACACUUCAUAAAAUAUUUCUCCGUAAGUGGUGUCCAUUGUUUCAUUAGACAAUUUUUUUUUCCGUAUCUAGUCUUCCAAUUUCGAGAUGUAAUCCCAUGGGCUGAGGGAGUGGAAUGGAAAUACAGCUCCUGGAAAUUAAUAUACACGAUGAAAAUCGGGGAAAAGUGAGAAUUCGUGUGGCGAGGAGUCGCGGGAUACAUAUAUACGUACCUGGAAAAAGCGAACGUUCGAAGUGGUCUAACGAACAAAAGUGCCCGAAAAUCGGGCACGCUUAGCUCUUUCGUCCUCUCCUGUUUGUAUCUCCUCAGUUUGUAGGUCGGUUUAAGUUGUACCUCCUUCCUCGAUACGGAAAAUACUUCUUUCUGGUCGUGCGAUCGGGUCACUCGCCUCGCUGCCGUAGCAUGCUGCGCUCUUACGUUAUAAGUCACGUUUGGUUACAAGAUAAUACGAAAUUUCCCGAUACUAUUGUUGGAUCGAUGUCCGAUGGUGCUUAGGGCUCCAGGCGGUACAAGUGGAAACUCGAAAACAUACCUAAUCAGGUUAAAGUUGCGCGCAUGGUGAAUGACAUUUGCCGCUUCGUGCGCGGAGGGAAAUUCCUGACAAAGGUCCUUGCCAAAGUUUGUAUCAAUGGUCGUUUGUAUGACAGUCACGACUCGUACUAUCGAUACGCCGCUCCAAGAGCGGAAUCGAAUUUUAAACCGAAAAGUAACUUGCGAAUGCGCUCCGAAUAUGUAUUGAAUGAUGAAUAGGCUAAGAUCUAGUUAUGAUCUUUUUGUUAUCAAUUUUUCUCUGCGCACGAGAAGCUUUUCGGCCGCGCGAUCGCCGAGCCACGUAAACGGGCGUUGUAAGACAACGUUAAACCAAUAGCCUUUUCUAAUUGUUAAUUGAAAGGAGGGAGAGAUUGUGUAAUUAUUUCUCAAUUGGAUGGCGGUAAGCAAUAAUAAGAGGGAGUGUUGAGGAAAUGCGGGGAACUUGACCCUUGCUUGCGAUUGUUAGCGUUAAAUUAAAAUCGAGUACAGAGCAAAUUCGGUAGCUACUAAUUGUUUAUAUGAAAACCGCAGGGACUAUAUUCUUUUUUUCUUUCUCUCCUGUAAAUGGAAUAUACGUUUAAUCGCGCUGCCGGUGUUUGCUGGAUUGAGUUCAUACUGAAAAAUGAAACGUGCCGAGAUUUAACCGCAUUUUCACGGGAGAUUUUUCAAACUCAUAUGUCAGGUGAUCGUUAAUUACAGUGAUUAAAUGUACCAGUUAGGACCUUUUUGCGGUAAAGCGACAAUGACAAUGGAAUUACGAUUUGCCAGUAUUAUCAGAGAACCGAGACAAUCAUUUUCGAUCACUACCUAGAACGAGUUUCGCAUAAAGUCACACUUUUUGUGGUAAUUCUAGCUUGUAAUUUAGCUGCUUAUCGCGGUUAUUAGGCAACCGAGAGGUGAGAUGCAAAAACGCUUUAAAGGCCUUUAUGUUGACACCGAAUACGACUUUGUGAAUGUUUCUGGGAACUGAUCCAUCAUUUUCUUAUUUUGCGACGUGCUUUCAUAGGGAGUCAAUGAAAUUCUUGCCGGAUGGUGUUUGGUUUGUAGAGAAAAUGCAACGUGAAAGAUACAUUUUAAUAAUAUCAUCCUCUUCAUCGAUAUUCUGGUCUAGCAGGACGAUUUCACUUUUCAAUAUUGUCGUGGGAGGAUAUUUUUGUCGGAAGUUUCGCCAAGACAUUCGGAAGAUUAACGAUAAUACCGAUAAGGCCCGUUUUAACGGCUCAGCUUUGGCGAUUUCGGCCGAACGACAGGCUCGAAAAACGAAAUUACCUGCGAGCUUACUUGUACGCAUGAUCUCAUACGGCAGUGACUAUCGAAAAGUAUUAUAUUAUAUACAUAUAUACGAGUACAUUCGAUUUUUACCGAUAUAUACCCCCCACAUAGGUGAGCUCUUCGAAGCCACGACCGCAGUGAAACGAAACCGCAGAUGAAUCCGCUUCUCAGCUCCUUGCCUGACUUUUAAGUGGCCCGAAUGUUUCUUGCAGGCGUUAACGUCCUAACAAUACUCCAUAGAAAAACAAAAAAAAUUGAAAAAAAAAAUGUAAAACUCGGUCGAGACGAUCGCUCGAAGGUGCGAGGUUUCUUUUUCGUGUACUAGCAGCUUUCUCGGUCCUCCCGAGGGAUAGUACGCAGCAACGCUUAUUAAGGAAGUCGUGUACCUUUAGCUCAUAAUCAAUAAGGACUAAGUUAUGUUUCGCUGUUGACAAUGGAAUGUUAUAGUCAUAGAGUAACUAAGAAGCCAACACGAGGCACGCUAUUUCGUAUAACGAAGGAAGGAUAUAUUCGAUUUCUGAACGUAACGUGGAGUACGUCCGAACACCAAUGAUGGGCAAACCAUCGUCCUAAUCUAAAGAAAAAUGUCGAAUUUUGUACAAGUAUUUUUGACUCAUUUAUGACACAGGACACUUCUAUGCAUAAAUGAAUUACUCUAAGGAUGAUUGAAAGUAUCGCUUGUACUCUAAACACGAUUUUUUUUUCUGGCGCGGAGGAAACCAUGACUUAAAAUAGCCGAUUCUAUGAGAUUCAAUUAUGAAUACGAUAAGUAAAUAUUUGCGUUACAAUUAAUAUGCAAAAUGCCGCCUUAAGCGGUUUCGUUUCAAGGAGUGCCCAGCAUUGGGGACGACGUACACACGAUACGUUUUAUAUACAUAAAUAUAUAUAUACCAUUUAAAUAUAGAUACGUAUGCACAUAUACGUAGACACGAAACGUAGGUUACGGAGGCGCGUUAUCACUCCUCAAUUGUUAUAUCGUAGGUCGUGUAUGAUGUCUGCAUGAGUGUGCAAGCGUGUAUGUGCGUGCGGUCGGAUUUCUCGAAAUAACUCGCGAGCCGGCCCGAUGGCUCUCUGUGGUUCCCUUCGGAUUUUGUACAUAUAUUAUAUAUAUGUUAUAUAUAUAUGCGUGUAUAUAUAUAUAUACAUGCGACGUACGAGCCUCGGCGAUUAUUUAUCUACCUUGCAGAUGUACCAAAAUACCUUGGAUAUAGGAUUCCGAUGUACUCGGAAAGUAUUAACGUCGAAAGUUUGUUACAUAUAGCCGGUCGAAGUAGCUUGAUAGCGCACGCGGAAAUAAUAUAUAUUAUAUAUUAUAUUAAAUAUAUAUAGCGAGGAAGAGAGUGAUGAGCACGCGAGAGGGAGAGAGAUAAUAAACGUAAUCAAAUGGAAUGUUGCCCGGCUUUUUUUGUUUUUUUCGUUCUCGACGCCUCUCGGGCGUCGUAUACCGUUGCACGCUAAUGCGAGACUGCGCUCGUCAAUUUAUUGUUGUUGUCGUUGGUAGAUUUAUUAUCGCGCGUACGUCCCGUUGUUUUAACCUCGGUGCGCUUACGACUGUACAAAUACGACUCCGUGCGUAGACCCUGUAACCUGUAACGCGUUUCGCCGAGGAACGCCUCGGGCCUCCGGGAGCGAAACCUCCCUCGGAGGGUCUCCCUUAGCUUUGCAAAUAAAUAAUCGCUCUUCUGAGGGAGAAAGACAGA